UUUGACGUUUGUGUGUCGAGUGCCCCUGUCCAAAUAGCACAAGUUAUAAAGAUAAAAGACGCGAUGCAGAAGUUCUGUGCCUGUGAAUGUUAUUACACCGAUAACAUUUUUAUUGAAGAAUACAAACUCCAUGUUCGAUUUGUUUCAGAAGAUCAGUUUAGGAAGGACUACCAACACGUAAGUGGUGAGCCGACAGCAAUACAGAUCCUCAGGUCUCAGGGUUGCACCACUGGUCCGCAGCUCCACACUGUUCUGGAGAAAGUCCAGGCGGAGGUCGAGAGACGCAAGAAUAUUGCGGUCCAAUCGGCGGAACGGCGAGCGACGAUAAAAGAAACGUAUAAACCCCUGCAUGAGAACGUCUACCGCUUACAGGAGUCACACUUGGCCCCUGAGUUUUUAGAAAUAGUGAAAUACUGUCACAUGGAUGGCGCCAAUGAAAAGGGACUCUUGGCUCUCCUCACCACAGAGGCAGCUCCCAGGGUGUACCGUUUUCCAGUCUUCACCAAGGAUUUCUGCAGGGAUUUGGUAGAAGAGCUGGAACAUUUUGAACAAUCCGACGCUCCCAAAGGCAGACCAAACACUAUGAACAACUACGGGGUCCUGCUGGAUGAACUGGGCCUGGAUGAGGGCCUGGUUGGCCCGCUAAGGGAGGAGUACCUGCGGCCCCUGAGCGCGCUGCUUUACCCAGAUUGCGGGGGGCGCUGGCUGGACAGCCACAAAGCUUUCGCCGUGAAGUAUGCUGUGCACGAGGACGUGGAGCUCAGCUACCACUAUGACAAUGCCGAGGUGACGCUCAACGUCUCGCUGGGCAAGGACUUCACCGGCGGGAACCUCUACUUCGGGGACAUGAGACAGGUGCCCCUGUGCGAGACGGAGUGCGUGGAGGUGGAGCAUCAGGUGACGCGGGCGCUGAUGCACCGCGGGCAGCACAUGCACGGCGCGUUGCCCGUCUUGGCGGGCUGCCGCUGGAACCUUGUCGUGUGGAUGCGGGCAUCGUGCCAGCGCAACCACCUUUGUCCCAUGUGCGAUGCCCGGCCCCGCCUGCGGCCUGCCCCCGGCCACGGGGGCGGCUUCACGGCCGAGCCCGGCCAGGAGGGCACGUGCGCCUUGACGUGAACUCUUUGCGACGGCGCACCUCCCCGGAACUCGAGGAGGACGCGGAUCUGCGGCCCCCGGACCUUUCUGCUUUUGUACCAGGAUAUCACAAGUCGGUCAAGGAAAAGACGCUGAAACUGACCGUGUGAUAAAGCGACUAUUUAUUUCAGCUGUACUACCAGCAGAGAAUAAAUACAUCGUUGUAAUACUGAUAAUAUGCGGUGUCUACAUCUAAGCAUAAUAAAGUAUAAUAAUGCUGAUUUUA